AUGCUGGCCACCGACUCCCUACACACCAUCAAGUUCCCAACCUUCACCAAGCCGGAGCCAGCACUCGCCUCGAAGACGCCCUCGCCGCCGGCAAACCCCAGCGAAGUCGCCUCCAAAUGGCUCACCUCGUUCGCCGGCGCGCUGUCGGCGGCUGACCUGAGCGCCAGCCUGCCGACGGUGCUGCACGCCGACUGCUGGUGGCGCGACCACCUGGCGCUGGGGUGGGACCUGCGCACCGUCCGCGGCCUCGACGCGCUGAAGACGUACGUGGGGGCCGGGCAGCCGCGCUUCCAGCUGCAGCCGACCAAGCUCGCCGACCCCUCCAACAGGUUCGCCCCGGCCGUCAAGUCGCCGGUCGAGGGGCUCGAGUGGGUCGAGAGCAUGUUCGAGUGGGAGACUAGCGUCGGCCGCGGCAAGGGCAUGCUGAGGCUGGUGCUGGAUGGCGGCGAGUGGAAGGCGUAUAUGCUGUACACGGCGCUGCAGGAGCUCAAGGGGUUUGAGGACAAGGUUGGCGUUAGGAGGCCGCAUGGCGGCAACAAUUCGCUGGUUGGAGGUGUCAUGAAUGGUGGUAAUUGGACGGAGCGGAGAGAAAGACAGCGUGAAUUUGUUGAUGAGGAGCCGCAGGUUGUCUGUGUGGGGGCUGGCCAAUCCGGUCUCAACAUUGCCGCAAGGUUGCAGGCCAUGGGCGUGUCAUGCUUGUUGAUUGACAGGAACAAGCGUGUGGGCGACAACUGGCGGUGCAGAUACAGGACUCUCGUCACCCAUGACCCCGUCAACUACACCCACAUGGCAUACAUGCCUUUCCCGAGCACGUGGCCGCUCUUCACGCCCAAGGACAAGCUCGGCGACUGGUUCGAAGCCUACGCCACGCUCCUCGAGCUCAACGUCUGGCUCUCCACCACCAUCACCUCCAGCUCCUACUCGGACGCCACCCACACCUGGACCAUCACCGUCAACCGCGGCAACACCGGCCAAGCCCGCACCCUCCACCCGCACCACGUCAUCUUCUGCACCGGCCACUCCGGCGAACCCAAAAUCCCCACCUUCCCCGGCCAAUCCGACUUCGCCGGCACCGUCUACCACGGCAGCCAGCACGCCGACGCGACAUCCAGCGGCGCCGACCUCUCCACCAAAAAGGUCGUCGUCGUCGGCACGGGCAACAGCGGCCACGACAUCGCCCAGAACUACCACGAGGCCGGCGCCGCCAGCGUGACGAUGGUCCAGCGCCGCGGCACCUACGUCAUCUCGGCCGCCGAGGGGAAAGGCAUCUUCGCCAUGCACCAGGGCCUGUACGACGAGUUCGGCCCGCCCACCGAGGACGCAGACGUCUUCGCGCAGAGCUUGCCCGCCGCCGUGCAGUUCGCGCUGCACGUCCCGUUCACGACGAUGGUGAGGGAGGAGCUCGAGCGCGAGACGGUUGAGGGGCUUACGCGGAAUGGCUUCGUGCUGGACUGGGGCCCAGAUGGUAGUGGGCUUUUCAGGAAGUACAUCACCCGUGGUGGUGGGUACUAUAUUGAUGUCGGCUGCUCGAAGCUCAUCUGCGAUGGCAAGGUUAAGGUUGCCAACAGCCCGGAUGGUAUCAAGGGCUUUGAGAAGGACGCGCUGGUCCUCGCUGAUGGAAGGAGGCUGGAGGCUGAUAUCGUCGUGCUGGCGACCGGCUACGAUAAUAUGCGGACGAGCGUGGCGAAGGCGCUCGGCAAGGAGCAGGCGGAUAGGUGUCAGGACGUGUGGGAUUUGGAUCGGGAGGGUGAGAUUAAUGCGAUGUGGCGCCCCAGUGGCCAUCCUGGAUUGUGGUUCAUGGGCGGGAACUUGGCGCUGUGUAGGAUCUACUCGAAGUUCCUGGCGUUGCAGAUCAAGGCUGUUGAGGAGGGCUUGAACGCUUGA